AUGGAAUUUGUUAGAAGCAAAAAGGGAAUUUCUGUUUCUCAAAGAAAAUACACUAUUGAUCUCUGGAAUGAGACAGGAAUGCUAGACAGUAAACCUAGCAAAACUCCAAUCGAUCUCAAAGACAAGAGGAAAAUGUUUGAAGGAAACCCAGUUGACAAAGAAAGGUACCAGCAACUAGUAGGGAAGCUUAUCUACCUCUCUCAUACCAUACCAAAUAUUGCAUUUGCAGUAAGUCUGGUCAGUCAAUACAUGCAUGAUCCAUGUCAAGGACAUCUUAAUGCAGUAUAUAGAAUUCUGAGGUAUCUAAAGCAAACACCAGGAAAAGGUCUUUUCUUCAUAAAGACGACAGAGAGAAAAGUUGAAGUAUUCGUAGAUGCAGACAGUGCUAGGUCAGUUGAUGAUAGAAAACCUACAUCUGGAUAUUGUACAAUUGUAUGGGGAAAUGUGGUAAUAUGGCGAAGUAAAAAGCAAACAGUGGUUGGAAGAAGCAUUGCAGAAGCAGAGUAUAGAGCUUCUAGCAUCAGUAUUGCACACAACCCUAUACAUCAUGACAGAACUAAACACGUGGAAGUGGAUCGUCACUUUAUUAAAGAGAAGAUUGAUGGGGGAAUUGUCAGCAUCAAAUAUGUUCAUAUGGAUCAACAGUUGGCUGAUAUUCUCACAAAGGGGUUAUCCGAAUGA